CACUACACACUAAACAGUCCCCCACAGCAGGCUCUCUCCCCGCCCCACGUGCUCCCCCUCAGCUCUAAUCUGGUUGUAGUUCUCCUGUUCCUGACAGCGGGGGCGACGCGUCGUGGAGGGGUCUGAGGGGUCUCCGUUCCUGUGUGGGAGACUCUCUGUUGCAUCUCCGUCCAUCCCACUGCUUUGCUGUCUUCUCCUUCUUUUCCUCAUCCCAGUUUAGAGGAGACUAAAAUGGGUGUAGUGGGUCUCGGUCCAGUGGGUCUUGGUUCAGUGGUGCUCCUCGCGUCCUUGGCGGUUCUUCUCGGAGUCUGCUCCGCGGGUUCGGACGCGCCCCGGGGCGUCGCGAUCGGGUUCGUUUUUGACCCCAAAGCGACCUGCGACCCUCCGUGCAAACACGCGGGGAUCUGUAUCCGAAACAACACUUGUUACUGCUCCAGAGGGUACGAGGGGGAGACCUGCCAGUAUGCUAACUGUUACCCCAAGUGUAAGAAUGGAGGAGUGUGUCUUCGUCCUGGGAAAUGCAGAUGCCGCCCGGGAUAUGGAGGAAGAUACUGUCAUACAGUGACCUGCGAGGGCGGAUGUUGGAACGGAGGAGAAUGCUCUGCUGUCAACGGCGUGGCCAAGUGCAUCUGCCCCUCAAGCUGGAGCGGCUCAAAAUGCCAAGAGGCGAUCUGUCCUCAAGGCUGCAGGAACGGGGGACUCUGUGUGGCUCCAGGAAUCUGCAGCUGUCCAGAGGGAUGGCUGGGUGGCGCCUGUCACACUGCUGUGUGCUCGAAGCCCUGCCUGAAUGGAGGGAAGUGCAUUUCUCCAGACAAAUGCCGCUGUCGCCUCCCCUUCUCUGGCCCUCACUGUGAAGAGAGGAAAAAGUCCCACUAGAGUGACCCUGCCUGGGUCAAAGGUCAAUGAGGAACAGUUACAGUGGUGCUUUUAAACAUGUUUUACUGUAUGAUUUGACUCAACCUUCUUAAUGUCCUCAUUGGACUGUAUAAACACGUGUACUGUAUUUUUGAUGAGAAGUGAAUAAAGGAGUGAAUUGUG